AACACUACAGGGACGUAAAGAAGUGAUAACAACUUAAAAAAAAAAAGAAAACAAGGUUAUUAUCUAGUACCUGCGAUUUUGAAAAAGAAACCUCUAUCCACAGGUUGGUGCUGCAUUCGGGUACUGUCAGAUUUUACAUGAUUUAAAAUAAUAUAAUUAAAUAGAGUAUGACAGAAUAGAAGAGAAUGGAAUGUGGCGUAGAAAAACGAUAUAUGAUAUUGUUGAGUAGAAUAGAAUAGAAUAUUAAUAUAUGAUUGUGUUUGGAAACAAACAUAUCCUCGUGUCAUACACAUGCACCUGCCCUUGUAACACCUGCUCUGACCGCUUGGUGGUGCAAUGGGCUCAGGUACAGGUAUGGGUUGGUCUCUUGUCAUAAACACGGAAAUAGAUAUCAUUUAAAGUCGAGCGACAGACAGAGGGAGACAGAGAGAGAGAGAGAGAGAGAGAGAGAGAGAGAGAGAGAGAGAGAGAGAGCGAGAGAGAGAAACGUAAGCAGCGGUGUUUCUGACUCAGUCUUCAGUGAGAGAGCAUUGAGAGAGGAUCAUGCAGGGAAUAAGCUCUCUUUCCCAUCUUCAUCAUCAUCUUCAUCAUCACCACCAUCAUCAUGUCCAUCUUCAUCAGUCCAGCCAACUCCAGCCGAGGGAUCAUGUCAGUGAACAGCACCGAGGAGACAGGAGCAGCUGCCUCGGGGAGGGACUACACCUGUGUGCGCUUCUACGUGUCCACCGUCUCCUUCUCGGUUCUCCUCUUCUUCAACCUCCUCAUCAACUGGACCAUCCUGCGUGAGGAGCGGCUCCGGACUCGCGCGCGCUUCGUGCUGGUCUUCCAGCUGCUGGUGUCGGCCCUGCUCCACCUGGGCAUGAGCAGCGUCUUCUACUCGCAGGUGCACCUGGACGCACGGCCGGGGCGCACCGCCUGCCUGCUCAUGGUGACCGUCCUGAUCUCCAGCGCCUCCUGCAUCCUCCUGACGCUCACGGUGAUGGCGCUGGAUCGCUACUGCGCCGUGUGCCACCCGAUGCGCUACGCCGACACCUGCACCGCGGGGCACUGGCCCUGGCUGCUGGGCGUGCUCACCUGGCUGGUGGCGCUGGUCAUCCCCCUCAGCCUGCUCCUCCAGCCGAGCCCGGAGGACGACCACCAAGGGAGGUGUGGCCCGGAGCAGCUGAGGAGAGGCGGCCUGCAGAAGGUGCUGUUCAUCGGGCUGUGCACGAUGCUGAUUCUGUACAGCUACGUGCGCAUACUGGUGGAGGGGCGGAGGUUAGGGGUGCUCAAUCGGCACAACCGUGCCGGGUGUCGGACCAUCGCCCUGCACGGCAGCCAGCUGGCCGUGUACAUCCUCCCCAGCUUCGUGAGCUUCGUGCUGGCGACGCUGCACAAGCAGAAACUGAUCCAGACGCAGACUCGAGAGUUGUCCGCGGUGGUCACCUUCGCCUUCUUCAGCCUGGCGCAGUGCGUCGCGCCAAUUGUUUACGGUUUGCGCAAAGAGGAACUCCUGGAGAAGAUGAGCCGCAGGUUCCCCUGCUGCUCCCGGUACCUGAAGACUGUCCUGGGCUGGACGGUGCGAGGCAGCUGGUUGCCCCCCUACCACAGAGCGCGACACGACCCCUACAGGGAGCGAACCCUCACAGCCCAGACGAUCAUCUCCCAAGAGCUUCCACAACUGCCAGAGAAGGAGGAGGAGGAGGAAGAGGAGGAAGAAAUGAGGCCAGUGUCAGUCAGGAGUUCCUCUCAUGACUCCCACUCAUAUCAGGGUGAUGCAGACAAUGCCUGAAAUGGGGGGGGGGGGGGGGGAACAAGCAGGUCACUGCCGGGCUCCUGAGUGGCCCAGGGGACAUUUGGAGAAGUGGCUGGUUUUCUCAGGGCCUCGUGGAAUCUCCUGGGACUUCAUGAGGAGAACAUUCAAACCAGGACGUGCAGCAACAUGGAUGUUUUGACGAAUCACAAGCACAACAUGUGGACUGACGGCAGAGCACAGUGUGGUUCAGGUGCUGAGAUCUCUCACUGUGAAUUUACCUUGGCUAGUCCAGGGAUUUAAACCUCAAACUCUCAGACCUCUUGGCUACAAACAGUCCUGCCUCAUUUGAACUGGAUGGAGGAUAAUGUUGUUUCCAUGUGUUCUUUACCUUGUACAUAUUAAAAAAGAGAAAGUUUAA